AAAAGCUUUCCAGUGCUUCCAGUGAAUUGAGGGGACAUCGCAGUUCGCGUUUGUGUUUUGUCGUGAAAAAUUAAAGUUUUUGUCAUGGAUGAACCAGUUGAUGAGGAAUUUUCUCUCGAGGCCAUGCAGCGACUAAUAGAUGAGGCCCAAGAGACUAUAAGAUCUGUGAGACUCAGCCUGCGAUUGCGAGAUCCAUCCAUUGAUCUACCUGAAUUUCCAAACGAAGAGACUGCUGAUAACUCUGAGGCCAGAGAGGAGGAACCUGAUAGCACUGAUAGUAAUAGAAGUAACGAUGUUAGUGCUGAAAAUUUUCACAUUGAACCUGAUCCUGAGCCGCGACUUCCUGCCUCAAAUGAAAGUGCUGCAAAUUGUGAGGUUAGGGAAGCUCAUUGUGAUACUGGGAGACAGGAGGAAGCCAGAGAGAGUAACUCAUCCAGAAACAGUGAACAGGAUCCUACACCUCCAGAGCCAUUUGAACUCCCAGAAGCUGCUGAAGCAGCGGGAUGCAAUUCAUUCGCAGAUGACGAAGUGAUACUGGUGAGCGAGACGAGGAAUCCCAACCCCGUAGUGAUAGAUCUCUGCUCCCCGGACGUCUGCGGUUCCUUUGCGGCAUCCGAAGCCCCACAAACUGGAAGAAGGCGACGUCGACGCCUGGAAGAAGUAGGCUUAGAAAUAGUUGAUCAAAGACCUCCUCCGGAAAAAAUUGCUCCAGUGGAAAAUGAUCCAUUCCGAUGCACAAUCUGCAUGGAGAACAUGAAGAGUCGCAGGCCUCACUCCACCAUUUGCGGGCACAUGUUCUGCCAGCACUGCAUUGCGUCCGCGAUCAGAUUCUCCAAGAGAUGUCCCAUCUGCAGGAAGGGCUUGACGCCCAAAUCGAUCCAUCCAAUUUACUUCUAGCAACCAAAAGACCUCGAAAAUUAACUUUUAAUACUGAAAGAAAUCUCAAAACUGAAUUAAAUUACAUUUCCAUUUA